UUUUUCUUCUACAACACAUUCUUGUGAUACGUUUGAUCCUCUUAGCUGAGCACUACUUUCUUACUCAACCCCUGAAAAAAAACUUGCUCCAAGUGGUGAUCUACAAGAGCUUGGCUUCUCAGCCCAUGCAUCCCAUCAGCUAACUUCUACAGACUGUGCCUCUACAUGUGUUGCUGAGAGCUUAUAGUUUCCACAAGGCCUUUUGGCUUGGCUGACUGGCUGUGGCGCUGUGUUAGUUAGGAUUGCAUUCCCUAGAGUUGGUGAAGCCAUUGCCAUCCCGUACAGUUUCAGUGACUUUGACUAACGUAACUAGAAUUAGUCUGUGGCCUAGCAUUCAGGAGGAGGCAGGGUAAGUUAUUCAGACUGUAACUGUUUUUUCUUCAGAGAAGUAAUUUGUUUGGGUUGCUAUACUGAAUGGUUGUAUUGUAGAGUUACAGCAAAUGCAUAGGAAAAAGAAAAGAGUGAGUAAGAAAGGAUUUCUAUCUGUCUUAUGUUGGUUUUGUUUGUUUUCAAAUGGCAGAUGCUUUCUUCACCUGUCGAAAGAAUGUGCUUCUGGCGAAGAGCACGUCCACCCAGAUAGAAGGCAUCUUUGCUGCGACCAGAGGAAAGUCGGUCCCAGAAGAGCAAGAAGCCCUUCUCCAACAGUGGCUGGAGGAAGGAGCAGGGAAUUUGUCAGCCAGUGAGAGUGCUCCAGCAGUGGGGAAAGCAUCAGUUACACUCACUAGUGACUGGUUAGAAGGUUCAGAGCUAUUGAUGACUAGCCUCAGCAACCUGAAUUCGGCUCCAGAAGUCACCUGGUGUGCUGGUCAGCAGCUCACAGAGCUACACGCCUUGGCUUCUUCAGAACCGCAAGAUCAUGAAGUGACAGAACUGGCAAAAUUACCAGCAGAGGAAACAGUGGCUGUAGCAGGCAGUGCCCCUUGGGCAGCUGUGGUGCCACAGAUGGAUCAUCAGAUAGCUGGCUGUGCCACUAUCGAUGUAGAAGUGCAGAAUGAAGACCCAGCUGUGCUGGCCUGGAGCUUAGCGUGUGGUGCAGAGACAGUGCCAACGGAGCCCCCAGCCUGGCCCAUUCAGGAUACGGUACAAUUUUGUCCGCUCGCAGCAGAGGUACCCUACCAUGAGAUUUUAUGGAGAGACUGGGAGGAUCUUUCUGUCCAACCCUGUGUGCUAGAGCAGGUCUCGAGAAACACUCCUCUCUUUGAAUUUCGAGUCAUGUCUUACAACAUCCUUGCCCAGGACCUGGUGGAACAGGGCCUUGAUCUGUAUCUACACUGCCAUCCAGACAUCCUGAACUGGAACUACCGCCUUCCAAACCUUUUGCAGGAGAUCCAGCACUGGGAUCCUGAUGUUCUGUGUCUCCAGGAGGUGCAAGAGAACCAUUACUGGGAGCAGCUGGAACCGACAUUCAAGGAGAUGGGCUUUGCAUGCUUCUAUAAACGGAGAACUGGGGCGAAGACAGAUGGCUGUGCAGUGUGCUAUAAACACAGCAGGUUCCAGCUGAUCAGCCUCAGCCCCAUAGAAUACUUCCGGCCUGGCCUGGACAUCCUCAAUCGGGAUAAUGUGGGCUUGGUGCUGCUGCUACAGCCUCUGCUCCCAGAGGGCCUAGAUCUGAAGGCAGUCAGUCCGUUGUGUGUGGCCAACACUCAUGUAUUGUUCAAUCCCCGGCGGGGAGAUAUCAAACUGGCCCAGAUGGCCUUGCUCUUAGCAGAGAUUGACAAGAUUGCAAAAACUACUGAAGGCAGCUACUAUCCUGUCAUCUUGUGUGGAGACCUGAACUCUGUACCUGAUUCUCCACUCUACAAAUUCAUCCGGAAUGGUGAACUUUCCUACCAUGGGAUGCCAGCCUGGAAGGUGUCUGGUCAGGAAGACUUUUCCCAGCAGUUGUAUUCACGGAAACUGCUGGCCCCACUGUGGCCGAGCUCGCUGGGUAUAACGGACAACUGCCAAUAUGUCACUCUGUGCCAGCCAAAGAAAUCAGGCAGACGUAAGUACAGCCGGGACUUCCUGCUCCAGUUUCAUUUUUGCGAUGUUGCCUGUGAACGACCACCGCAGCUGGUCCUCUUGGAAGGUGUGACAGAUGCUAAACCAGACCGCCCUGCACAUUGGCCCAAGCCUGCUGACAUGGUGAACGACCCUGAUCCCCAGCCAUUUGUCCCAAGGUCUUCAGGCAUUAUCCAGCAUGGGCUCAACCUGACCUCUGUCUACAGCCACUUCCUGCCACAGAGGGGACGCCCAGAGGUCACAACGAUGCCCAUGGGGCUUGGAGCCACUGUUGAUUAUAUCUUCUACUCAGCAGAACUCAUGGAGAAUGGGAGCAGGGGCGGUCGCAGGCUGUACCGGGAUGGAGCUUUGAAGCUGCUUGGCCGCCUUUCCCUUCUCUCUGAAGAUGUCCUGUUGCUGGCAAAUGGCUUACCAAAUCCUUUUUGUUCAUCUGAUCAUCUCUGCCUGCUGGCUAGCUUUGGCUUGGAGAUCUCCAGCCUCAAGGAGGGUUAGUGUUGGUUCCCUUUCCCUGAAGAAAAGCCAUUCUGAACACAGCAGUUGAGGCUCUGGAUUGCAAAACCUGCUUGCAAGAAAACUCUUUUCUUUAUCAUGCCCUAAAAGUCCCUUUCUUCCCUCACAUGCUCACAAAAAGCAGGGAUGGGAGAGUUGGAGCACUUUUUGCAUUGGUAUUUUGUGGGUCUCUGCAAACCUGAGCUGUGUUCCCAGUGGGCUUCCAGUUGUAUUCAGGCAUUACCAUCUCUAAAAGGGGUCCUUGUUCCACUGCUUUGUUUAGCAGAUGUUAUAGUGCUGCGGGAAUCAAUAUAAAUCACAUAUUUAUUUGUCCCUGUGUGAGAUCUUCAAGGAGCUGGGAAAGAGGGGCAACACUGCCUACUUCUGGUUAGUUAAUUGCUACUAAGGAGCAGGGGAUGUAUACAUCAAUAUUCUUUCACACCAAAACAAUGGUGCUUUUAAUUUCUCAGUGAUAGUUUAUGAAGUAUGGUCCUUCCAGGACUAGUCGCCAUGUUGCCUUUGAGAGUGUUGGCUCUGCUAACUGCUUGGAAAUGGCUUUCACUUAAUAAUGUGUAAGGACUGUCUUCCUGGCAGAAGGUUUUGUGCAGUUGAACAGUUUCUACAAAAAGCCGCCUGCUGUGACUAAUGGACCAGGGAAUGGAAUUGCUAGGAAUGGAGCCAGGGGUUCUACAGAGCCACCCGCAGGAGCGCGAGAACUGCAGCAAAAGCCUAGAGGCCUUGGGGAAGGCUCCCUUCCUUUCUACCAGUCUCAGAAUGGUACCUAGUUUGGCACUUGUAGGAAAAAUAUUUACGAUCCUCGCAGUGAAUAUCAGGUGGAAAAAAUCAUCCUGCUAGGCAUGACAACCCCAGGAGGCUAUAGCUCUGGGAGGUCCCAAAAGAGUGAUGGAAAUGGAAGGCAUGUAAGAGACAGCAGAACCAUCAGAUGGAAGAGCUGGUAUUUGUCAUUUGCCGUACUCUUUCUCUGUGCCCUCCCUAUUCCAUUCAGCCUGCCAGGGGUCAGAUAGCCAACCUGUAGCAUCCUCCUGUGCCAGACUGAAGUUCAGGCUGCUGCCUUCUUCUGGAGCCAGCCAUGUUUAGGUAGGUAGAACCUGUAGGACUGGCUCCUGGGUCUUGACAGGUGUUGGGAGGGAAGGGAAGGCUCUGUAACUUGGAGCCAGAUUGUCAAUCACUUGGAUGCCAGUGUACCUUUGGUGUCCUAUCAGUGUACUUUUGUCAGCAGUGGCUUGGCCAGUACAAGAACAGUAGAACUGUACCUGUUCCUAGGGCAGAUUCCCCAGUUUAGCCUGACGUUUGGUGCUCAGUUUUUCCAUGAGAGAUGAGAGCAAUAUUGGCAGAAACAGUAUCAAUCUUCUCUUUACAAAUGAGGCAGGGAAAUCUGGUCCCACCUCAGGUUUUUGUGGGAAGGUAAGAGACUUGAAAUACUGUUCUCUCUUCUUGGGUUAUAUUGGAGGGCUUUCAUAUUUUAAAUGUUACUUUCUUUAUUGAAAAUUAAUUUUUUUUUAAUCUAAGAAAAAACCACAAAGUAACUGCAGCACCUUGUGCUCCUGGCAGCUGAACCCUCUGAGGACUUGUUCAACAAGGCUUUGCUGGCUGGGAUGUGAAAGAGGAGAGGACAAAUUAGCUACACAGGAUACUAGUAGUGAGGGUUGAAGGGAGGGAAGAAGUGGCCCUAUCUGUAUCCCAGCACAUCCCCAAAUCCCAGAGGUGGUUUAUUUGGCAUAGGGCUUGUCUUAGAAAAUGGUUUGCAUUCAGGAACCCUUCCCCUCCUCCCAAAGAAAGCAAGUACUGGUGAUCUUUUACAGCUCACUUGUGUUAACUGUACAGAAAUGAGGGGUGUGUGUGGGGAUAGUGUUCUGUGCCCAUAUGAUGGUGUAAAGACUGCAUAUUCCUUCUUGUCCCUACCAGAUGGUGUGGUAUUUGCCUGGUGAUGUGUGGAUGGCUUUUGCUACCCCAGUUGGGAUAACAUGUAGGAGUCCAUAUAAGUGAACAGCAAUCUGCGGGUGAAUAAGUUCGCAGCUUUGUUUGCCUUUAGUUUCACAGGUAAUGGUUCUGGCAUGGCACUGGCAUUUGUAUGUGGGGAGGGAUGCAGAGCUGUGUAUUUCUAUGGCUCUGUUUAUCUGACAGUUGCACUAAUUUCUGCAAGUACUCUUAUUCUGACUUUUUAGUUGGUUGUUUUUGUAAAGAGAGGGGAGGAAAGGGAAAUCAGUGAACCAAGAGCUUUAUCUUCUGCCAGGCUUGAAAAGAGGUUGCCAGAAAGCAGCCUGGUUGCAGAUAACUCCCACCAGCUGGUAACACGGUAAUAGGAAACCUGGAAGACACUGAAGAUUUAAAAACAAUCAACCAAAAGCAAACCAUGGAACACCGUGACACAUAGUGUUGGCACUUAAAACUUUGGCUAUCUGCUUCAGUUGUAAUUGCUGGCUAGGUCUGAUGGUCAGCUGAU